AUGUUUAAAAGUAACAAGAUAUUAUCUGUUGAAAGUAACGAAUAUGGAGUUAUGGAAUUAGUAAUACCAAAGCAAUUAUUUGUUAGUCGUUUAAAAGUAGAUGAUAAAACAAGGAAUAUUUAUGAUGAUUUUAAUGUUGAGGAAUAUGUACUUGAAGUUAGUGGAAAGGGGAACAUCGAAAUGAAUGAAAAAGAAAAUAAAAAGGAUAGUUGUAAUUAUAGUGAGAAUUUAAAAAAUGAGUUAAAUAAUAAUAGAGUAGAAGAUGGAAAGGAAAAAAAAAUAGAUGAAAAUGUAUUUAAUAAUAAAAAUGAUAAAGAUGAUAAAGAUUUAUACAAAGAAGAACUUUAUUUUUUACGAAUGAACCCAUUACAUUUAAAUAGAUGGUAUAAAUUUUUAGAAAUGUAUGAAGAUGAAGAAGAGAUAUAUGAACAGUUUUUAUUAAUAUUUCCUCGAUGUGUUUAUUAUUGGAAUAAAUAUGCAGAAUUAAAAAUAAAAAAGAAAGAAUAUAAAGAAGCUUAUGAAAUAUUUAGAAAAUGUAUAGAUUCAAAUAUUUAUGAUUUAAAAUUAUUUUUAUCUUUUUUAUAUUUUACUUAUCAUACAUCUUCAAUACAUGAAUAUAUAAAUUUUCUAUUUGAAGCUUUAAAAUGUGUAGGUAGCGAUAUAAAAUCUGGUACUAUAUGGGUAGAACUAUUAUAUAUAUUAAUAAAAAUAUAUAAUACAAAUUUAAUAGCGAAUAAUGAAAUUACGAAAUUGUUAUAUGACCCAUUUAAACAUACGCAUCAUGGCAAUAGAAAUAUGAACCCUUUAAUACCAACCGAAGAAGAACAGAAUGUUUAUAAAUCUAAUAUACCUACUAUGAAUAAUUCAAAAAUAAGUUAUUUCGAUCAUUAUAUUAAAGAUGGGAAGUUAAGAAAAUUUUAUCAAAAAUGGUUACAUCAUGCAACCAAAUAUUUAGAUAAAGUAUGGAAAUGUUAUUGUGCAUUUGAAAAAGCUAGUGAUAAUUUUAAUUCUGCUUUGAGUUCGGGGGCAAAUACGAAUGCGAAUUCGAAUUCGAGUUCUUUAUCAAUAUAUAAUAAUCAAUAUUUAAAUUCCAAAAAUGCUUUUAAAGAAUUAUGUAUUAUAUAUAAAGAAAUGAAUGUCGAUAAAAAAUGUAAAAUUAUUCUUCCCAUAAAUAAAAAAUGGAAAAUAGAAAAUAGCAUUCUCUAUAUUAAAUGGAUGAAAAUUAUUAAUUUUGAAAAAACCAAUCCAUUAAAAUUAACCAUUCCUUUAGUUUUUAAAAGAAUUAAAUAUACAUACGAACAAGCACUUAUACAUUUACAAUUCAAUUCCGAUUUAUGGUUCUCUUAUUUUCAGUAUUUAUUGUUGAACAAAAAAUUUGUCUAUGCCAUACGUAUUAUGAGAGAAGCCAUAGAAGUAUAUUUACCUUUUGAUGAAAUAUUAAAAUUAAAUUUUGCUUAUUUUUUUGAAAAACAUGCAUUAAUAAAUCAAGCUCAUUAUGUAUACCAGUUAAUGAUAAAUGAAGUUUCGAAGAAGCAGAAAAAAAAAUUCGCCUUGUCCUUUUUGUAUGAGAAGGACAAGUUUAGGAAAUUCCCUUACACUAUCUUGGAAAAUACGGCAAAGGGUAAAGGCAAAAAUAAGGAUAAGGAACAGAAAAUUGAUGUUAAAAGGGACAUGUCUAACAAAGUAGAAGAUGGAAUCCAUAACCAUUCGUUAGAAAAAAAAUGUGUACAUUUCUCUGAUGUCUCACCAAGCGACUUCCCACAAGAUGAUGAUAAAUGUGCACAGAGGGAUUCAAGAAAAGAGGGUCAAAGUAAAAAGAGAAGAGGUGUUAAAAAAGAACAAGGAGAAGAAGAAAGGAGUAAAGCGAUGAAUGUUGGAGAAUAUAAAAAUGUAAAUAAAAGGAUAAAAAUGAAUGACAUGAAAUGUGGUAAUUAUAACGAUUGUGAGGUUAAUGAGGAAGAUGGUAAUAAAUGUGGAGACAAUGAUGAAGAUGGUAAUAAAUGUGGAGACAAUGAUGAAGAUGGUAAUAAAUGUGGAGACAAUGAUGAAGAUGGUAAUAAAUGUGGAGACAAUGAUGAAAAUGGUAAUAAAUGUGGAGACAAUGAUGAAAAUGGUAAUAAAUGUGGAGACAAUGAUGAUGAUGGUAAUAAAUGUGGAUACAAUGAUGAAAAUGGUAAUAAAUGUGGAUACAAUGAUGAAGAUGGUAAUAAAUUAGUAUACAAUGAUGAAAAUGGUAAUAAAUUAGGAGACAAUGAUGAAAAUGGUAAUAAAUUAGGAGACAAUGAUGAAAAUGGUAAUAAAUUAGGAGACAAUGGUAUACCCUCAAAAAUUGGGAGCCACCUAAGUGAUGAUGAAAUAAGAAGAAGAUUUCAUAAAAGUGAUUAUGAAAAAAUUGAAGAAAGAAAAAAAUAUUUUGUAAAAUAUUUUCAUAUCAAGAAAAGGAAAAGACGAAUAUUCGUUUUUACGCACUUUUUAAAUUUUAUUAAACGUAAUUAUGAUGAAACCAUUUGGAGGUAUUAUGUAGGUUUAAUAUUAAAAGAAGAAAGAUGUUGUGAAGAAAUAUAUUAUUAUUGUGCUAAUGUUGAAAGGAGAAUAUUAAAUAAUGAAAAGAGAGCAAUGUAUAUUAUGAAUGAAGGAUAUAAAAAAUUUACAAGUAAGAAAAAGUUUUUAUUAUUUUAUAUAAAUUUUUUAUUAGAAAAAGGAUAUAUUAAUAAUAUUCGAACAUUAAUAUAUGAGUAUAUACAUGAAAUAUAUAAAAAAUUUUAUAAUAGUUAUAAGGAAAAUAAUAAUAUCAUUGAUAAGAAAAUAUAUAAAACAAAAAUAUCACAAAAUGAAUUUAAUUUAUUUGAACCAAAUUAUUUAAUAUUAUUAAAAAAAAAAAAUAAAUCAUGUGAAAAAAUAUGGAAUAUAUUAAUACAUAUAGAAAUAUUUUAUGGUGAUAUACGUAAUUUAAAUAAAAUUUAUGAUAUGAAAAUUAAAUAUGAUUCUGGUUAUAAUUUAGAAGAAAAUAAACAUAUCUUAUUAGACUAUGAUACACUAAAUGUAUAUAAUGAAAACGAAAAAAAAAAACAAAAUGCCUUUUUAGAUAAUUUCUAUACUGAUGAAUAUAAUCAAAAUAAUAUGACAAAUAUAUUAUGUAAAGGUUAUCUAGAAAAUUUAAAAAAAAAUGAUAUAGAAACCUUACAAUUUAAAACUAAAUUAAUUAAUUCACAAUUAUUUGGAGGAAUAUCUCUAAAAAAAACCUAUUCCAUUUUUAGAGUUAAUAAUCCUAAUGUUUUUUCAAAUUUAUCUUUUUAUGAUUAUAUUAUAAAAGAAAAAAAAAAAAAUAAAAUUAAUCAUAAUGAAGACAAUCAUAAAAUAUUGGAUAAUAAUAAAGUGUAUAUAAAAAAUAAUCGGGAAUCGUUAAUAACCCUUAAGGAUGGCUGGAAUAAUAAUAAUGAUAAUAAUAAUGAUAAUAAUAAUGAUAAUAAUAAUGAUAAUAAUAAUGAUGAUAAUAAUAAUAUUAAUGAUAAUAAUAUGGAAGAACCAUAUUUAAAUAAAAAUCUUUUGAAUUAUAUAAAUAUGAAUAGAAAUUCUACAUAUAAUAGAUAUUCUAUCUUUUCCGAGUUUUUCUGUUUCGGUAUUAAACAGGAUAGUUGUUUUACAAACAUUGAUAAUAAUCCUAAAAGAAAUAAUGAGAUGGAUGAAAAAAAUGAUGAUGAGAAUAACAUACAAUCAAAUUUAAAAAAUUGUGUAAAUUAUAUUAUUAGGCCAGAUUUAAAAACUAUGUUUGUAUAUAAACCAUUUGAAAAUUAUGAAUUUGUAGAAACCGAAAAAAAUGAUAUAGAUAAAAAAAAAAGAGAUAAAGAAACAAUUAAUAUGUCUUUUAAAGACAGUUUAUAUUAUAAACAUAAUCGUAAUAAUAAAAAUGUUUAUGAUGAAAAGUAUAAAAAAGAAUUUGUACGAAAAAGAGAAUAUAUUACUAUGCCCAAUAUUAUUAAUGAUUUCUUAUGUUUAUUACCUCAACAAAAUAAUAAUAUUAAAUUGUCAGAUAAUUCAAUAGAUUAUUUAGUUAAUUCUUUACAAAACUUAAAUAUACCAAAACUUGAAGACUUCCCAUAUGAGCCAAUACCCGUAAAGGACAUUUUACAAAUCAAAAAUGCUUUAAACGAAUAA